UUUCACGAAUUAUGUUCAUGAACCAUAAUCAAUAAAAGUUUCAAAUAAUUCUAAACACAAAAUCCAAUUUUUGCAAGCAUAUCAAAUAAUUUAGUGAGAGUGCCCGUACACAGCACCUUGUCCUGACUUGUUUAAAUAUAUUUGUUUACAGAAUUGAACUUUUUCACCUCCAGCGAUUCGUAUCCUAUAUAACUAAGAUUUAAAGCGAACAUCCAGAUCAGGAAGUAUAAGACCAUCAACAUGUUUACUCUGGAAACUUUUCUCGGAAUUAUUUUCGUCCUUUGUGUGAGAGAAGUUUCUGCUGCCUAUAGAAGUUCCUACUACUACUACUACUACUACUACUCCUACUCCUAUACCUCCUACUCAUCUGUGUCAGUUAUUGCCGGAGCCAUAGUGGGUGCUGUUGUAUUCUUUGUCAUCGUCGCAGUCGUCAUCAUCAUCAUUUGCAAGCAGAGUCAUCGAGGACGGACACUUGUUCAUAGCACAGGUGGCGCCACAGUGACAGCAGUCUCGAACACCAACAAUACGGUCAUGCAGCCUCCUCCCCAAGGCGGUUUCUACCCCCCUCCGCCACCAGUGUACAACAAUCCCGGUUACGCUCCUCCUGGCUACAAUAACCCCGCCUAUCCACCGGGGGCAGGGCCAAGCGACAAUACAUAUGGAGGCUUUAACCAACCACAGCCCAACGGCUUUCCAGCAAAGUAUUGAGACAUUUCAUGUAAAACACCAUACAUGGGAUGACACGCAUUGAAAUCUAUGCAUGUAUCGUGAUUUCAUUCGGAAAGUGAUGCGUGUUUGUGUGAAUGUGUGCUUUUUUCUAUAUAUAUAUGUAUAAGUAUAAUGAUAUACAACUGAAUCAUGCUUUGUGGUUUGAUUGGUACCUUUUCUUUGUUGUUGACAUUUCGCAUUCAUUUAUACAGAUGCCAUUGGAAACUGUGAUAAGAAUAGCUGUGAUCUUAUCAUUCUUUUAUGAUUAAACAUGUUUAUGAGAGAUUUUGGUAAAAAUAAUCUUUUCCAUAUUCUUUAUUGUGUGUGUUGGAGUAUUCUUCCUUUUUUUCCAUUUUCAAACGGUUUGUGCCUGAGUUUUGUAGCAUUGUCAAUUCAUUUUAAGGUAUAUUUUUAUUUCUACAUGGAAGGGGGCUUAUGGACUAUUUGGGUAAUAAUGUUGCUAUUGACCUACAGUGUGUUAAACUUAGUAUAACAUUUUGCACUUGAAUAUAUUCAUCAUUUAUUCGCAUAAACUAAUAUCUAAUGAUGAAACAACAUAAGUCAUACGAAAUCAAUCAUUACGUCAAAUUAAAAUAUAUUCAUGUCUUCUAACAAUAUAGAUAUAAAAAUGCAAUGCUAAUAGAUUUUAAAUAAAAUAAUCACCUUUUGCACUUGUACUGUUUUAUCAUGUCAUCAUAUAUAUGCAGAUAAAUGUUUUAAUAAAGUAUCGUCAUCUUCCCAUA